GUCACGGGAACUUCAUGCUCGAUAUCAAACCACCUUAUUCGCAAGUCUCAGGGGAUUAUUGAGGCUUCAAGCUUUUUGUACUACGAGUCCACUGCUUUGCACUGAACCCCCCAUGGCUGAAUCAUCAAGCGCUGCGGCUGCUUCAGUCGCCAACGCAGCCAAGAGGCUCAGGGAAGAGGCCGAGGCUGCGAAGAACCGACUUCUAGAUCAGCAAUUCCAUAUCAGUCGCUAUGCAGACCCCUUGGUUCCACGAAAGACGUCAGAUCCUCAGUUUUGGCCAAAGGAUGUGACUCGGGAAAUGGAACAAAGAUGGCUGGCUAUGAUCAAGGAGCAUCGGUCCGUUUAAGUUGCGAGUUUGGGGUUGGGUUUGACAGACGGAAAGGGGAGAAUACUAAUUCAGUAAGCUUGCAUUUUACGAUUAAAUGAUAACGAACGUCCCAUCAGCUUGGAGCUAUUUUUACACCUUG